AUGUUCACUGGCAAGUUGGAACUCAACUUGAACGUUGCAAACACUGUGAUUCUCUCCUUCAAGUUGCUCUCGAUGCGUUCUGGUACCUCCACUGAGGCCAAUGUUGAACUGGCUGCUGGUCCGGCAACACCUCAAGCUGAGGUUGCUUGUUUGCCGGUAGUCAUGAAGGCCGCUGAUGAUGCCAAUAUGUAA